AUGCCGCAACUAGAUCCACUAUUUCAGGCAAUAAGUUAUUAUCGACGACGAAAAUUUGAACAGUGUGUCGAAGUCACAACGGAUUUACUGGACAAAAACUCAAAUGAUCAAGUAGCAUGGUUGCUCAAAAUGCGAGCGUUAACUGAACAAUUGUACGUGGAUGAAACCGAAGUGGCUGAUGAUGGUCUGGCUGAUAUGCUAGAUGAGAAUGCCUUCCAUCAAGCACCCAUGCCUGGCACAUCGAUGCGACAACCAACAGCCAAUGCAAAUGCGGGAAUGAAUGGACCGAGUCCAGCGAUGAGACCGGUGACAAUGUCAGGUCGACCUAUAACGGGCAUGCUUCGAUUGAAUACUCAAUCGACACAAGGCGGCAAGAGUAUGGAAAAUGCUUUAAAAACCGCACGUACGGCAGCAACAGCCAGACCAGUAACAACAGCGACAGGUCGUUUUGUUCGGCUGGGAACUGCUUCUAUGUUGAGCACGCCAGAUGGUCCAUUCAUUCAAGUCGGUCGAUUAAAUCUUUCGAAAUACGCACAAAAACAAGAGAUAGCUCGAUCUCUCUUCGAACAUUUAUUUCAUCACGCGAAUGACAUUCGAACAGCACUUCAGUUAGCGACAUAUGCUAAUGAAAUUCGUCAAAGCCAAGAUUGGUGGUGGUUACUACAACUUGGUAAAUGUUAUCAUCGUUUAGAUAUGUAUCGAGAUGCAGAGAAGCAUUACCUUCUCGCAUUGAAUCUUCAACCAACCGUUGAUGUAUACCUAUAUUUAGCUCGAGUAUAUCUUCGUUUUGACCAGCCAUUAGCAUCGAUAAAGAGACUACAGGACGGAUUAGAAAAAUUUCCCUUAGAGCCCUUCCUCGUUCAAGCCAUUGCUCGUAUUCAUGAAGGCCUCAAUGAGAUUCCACAAAGCAUCGAAUAUUAUCGGCAAGUGUUAAAACUAGAUAAUACCAAUAUCGAAGCAAUCGCGUGUAUCGCUGCCAAUCAUUUCUAUAACGACCAGCCUGAAAUAGCAUUGAAAUUCUAUCGCCGUCUUCUACAGAUGGGAGUUGCAACAGCAGCGAUCUUUACAAACAUCGCAUUGAGUUGUUUUCAUGCUCAACAGUACGAUAUGAUUAUUGCCUGCUUUUUAAAAGCAUUAGCAUGCGCAUCAACCGAUGAAGAACGUGCAGAUAUUUGGUACAAUAUCGGUGAAAUGGCAUUAUAUACUACUGAUAUUAAUCUUGCUAUUCAAUGCUUUCGUUUGGCAUUGGUGUACAAUAACGAUCAUGCAGAAGCAUAUAAUAAUUUAGGUUUAGUCGAACUUCAACGAGAAAACAGUGAAAUUGGUCAUGCGUAUUUACAAACAGCGCAGAGUCUGGCACCGCAUAUGUUCGAACCGUAUUUUAACUAUGGUAAAUCGAUGUAUCAGCUAGGCGAUUUACAUCAUAGUUUUGGUGCUAUUAAAAGUUCGUUGGAUAAUUAUAAAAAUCACUCAGACUCGAAACAAAUCUACGACGAGUUACAGAAGAUGUUUUCAGAACUUUGA